AGUGACAACGCCUUACUUCCCGGACUCGUUCAGAGGGAGUUCACACUGAAAGAGAUGGCCGACCAGACACUGGCAUCGCUGGACAAGUUGGCCGAUAGUUUGCCCGAACAUACGGUUCCCUACGAGUGGUUGAGCGACCAAUUCAGACAAAUUGGUCUCGAAGUGUAUUCACAUAAUUUCACAUUCAAUUAUCCCUUCGCUUCCAAACCCAGAUAUGAGGGGAAGAAUAUUUACGCCAUUCUUAGAAGCGGUCGGACGGCCAGCACUGAAGCCCUGGUCUUAUCGGCGCCCUAUCGGACAAAACUGAGUCCCCAUUCCUCGACUUUGCCGGGGAUUGCGCUUAUGAUAGCGCUCUCCAAAUACUUCUUACGUCAGACCUAUUGGGCGAAAGAUAUAAUAUUCUUGAUCAGUGAAUACGAGUUGAUAGGAAUGCAGUCAUGGCUUAACGCCUACCAUAACAUCGAUACGACUCCAGUCUUAGAUCACGGCAUACUUGAGUCCCGUUCGGGUCCUAUUCAGGCGGCGAUUAAUCUUGAGAUCCAUUCAUCGGUUUCAAGUCAUUUGGAUAUAAAGAUUGAGGGAUUGAACGGACAGUUACCUAAUCUGGACUUAUUUAACGUUGCGGUCGAGUUGUGCACCAGA